AUGAAGCUCGCGGCCGCCAUGACGGCGUCGAAGCCAGCGCGGCGCGGCGUCAUCAUCACUGGAGGCUCGAGCGGCAUCGGCCUCGCUCUGGCGACAGCGCUGCUGCAAAAUGGAGGCGAGCGGUACAAGGUCUAUGUCACGGGAACUCGCCCGCUGGCCGAGACGGAGCUGGCGCCACUGGUGCAGUCGAUCGAAGCGUCUGGCUCUCGAAGCAUCCAUUACUCGUCGGGCGACACGGGCGACGAGCCCACCGUCAAUCGGCAGUUUGACGAGGCCCGUACCCGACUUGCCACCUGCCUGAAGCUCUAG